UGGAAGGCUUUUCAUCAUUCUCAUGUUGACUGCCGUACAUAACCUUGUCGACAAAACAAAUAAAAUAAACAAUUAAAGUUUAGUGUUGAUAAUUAAAAAAUCCAAAAAUUAAAAAAAAUGAGUGGUAUUUUAAGAAGUUCAUUGCGUCUUGUUAACACAGCAAAAUAUGCUAAAAAUAAUUCAACACAAUAUUUUCGAACCAUGGCACCCCCGAAAAAUGAUUUCAAUGCUUCAUUGGCAUUAUAUCCACCAGAUGAUCAAUCAAAAUCAGUACCAUUACUCAAUACUCAAGCUGAGAUAAAAUCAAAGAAUCUUUGGGAAUGGAUGAGACUUUCUGCAAAUAAAAUAUUUACUCCAAAAUUACCUGAUAAAAGAAAAACAUUAUCAUCAAUACUUGGAAACUUCAUCGUAACACAAAGUAGUGGUACAAUAGAUAUAAUCACAAAUAAUAAACAUUACAACAAUUUUAUUUUUCCUACCGUAUUUAUAACUGAAUUAAACGGAAAAUUGGUUGAACCUACAAGCGAUACAAUUGCUAGUGAAGAAAAAGGACCAAUAUCAUUUCGAGGUGAUGGAUUGAAUCUAUUACUUGAUGGUGAUAAAUUAAAAUUUAAAGUUGAAAAUAUUGAUGAAACUUUUAUCUUAAAUCACGCAGUUCACGUUACAGCUUUAAAAAAACCAACUCGAAUUCUAAAAGGUGGUGGUGUAAAUGUCCUACCAUCAUUACAUUUUGAUGAUAUGACAGUUUGUGAUGCCAAAUUAACAUUAAAAACACAAGAAGGCGAAGAACAUCGUACUUAUAAAACUGGUUCUCAUACAGCACCUUCCAGACAAUGGGACGGUUUUGGUGAUUAUGGGCUAAUGAAUAUGAUGGAAGACAGAAAAAAAACUGCAGCUGAAUUAUAUGCUGAUGCUGUUGCUACUGCUGCUAUUGUUAAAUAUCCGGGAAGUGUGAAAUUACAAUUUCCAAUGGAUUUGUCACUUCAAGGAUUUAAAGAAACAAUAAAAAUCAAAGAAACAGGUGAAACUUUUAUAGUGUGUCAUACAGUUAAUCUUAAAGUUUUAAAAGAAUCUGGCGAUAAAAUAAAAAACAAGGAAUUAAAAAAUCCAAAAAUUGAUGUAUUAAUUCAAAGCGGGGAUAUUAACUUCAAACUCUUAGAUGGUUCUUAUCAAGGAAUGCGUCUGCGACAUGAGGUCUCGAUUACAUUAACUGAUGAUAAUCAAAUGUAUAUCACUCCAAUGACAAAAUUUAGAAUGAUAGAAGAAUAAUUUUUGUCAUAAAAAACUAUUGUCAUACUAUUUCAUUGGUUUUGAUUGAUUUAUAAUUAUUGUAUUAAAUAAAUGUCAUAAAAUAAUAUUUAUAAAAUAAAUUUAAAAAAU